AAGCCGUUAUCAUUGCCCUCAAAGGAGCAAGAGAUUCCUUGUACCAUUUUAUUUCAUUUCGCGCAUUAGCGUAACUAUUCCAAGAGGGAAAGAAAUUAGUUGCAGCUAGCUAACAGUUCCAUCACUCUGCCAUGGAAAAAUGAAGAAUUGUAGAUAAUAAAGCAAAGCAAAGGAACAAACAUGUCCUUUUCUUCACUUGUACCUUUUACUUUGCCUUUCCAAUUCAGUCCCCUCUUUUUCUUCUGCAAGUCCAAUUCAUGAUUAUCAAAACCAGAUCCUAAUUAAUCACUUAAUUAUUUAAUUACAAUUGAUAUUGGAGAACCCCACAAGUAAAGUUUCCUUUUUUAGUUUACAAACUGUGUGUGAAGAGAACGCUUCUCCCCUUACAUUUCUCACUCUUCAAGUUUGUUCUUUUCUUUCAUCCUUAAUUCAUUGGCUGUGUUUUCAAAUAACUGGGACAUUCUUUUUCAUUUUUUAUUUUUUAUUUCAAUUUUCUUCUGUUAACUGAGUUGAGAGAAGCAAUCCCAAAACCCAAUCACCUUCUUAUGUUUGUUCCCAAAGUUGAAUUUGGUAUUAACUGAGUGAUAAGGAAGGGAUUUCACAGAUUCAUUCACCCACCAAGUAGGACUUUAAGGUGCGUUAGCUUAGAGUUUUCUCUUGUACAUAAUUGGAGCUGAGCUUUUUCCCUCGAUGGAUUCUGCAUUUUUGCUUUCUGGAUGCCUUUGAAGCCCACAUUCUUGAUGGGACUUGUUUUCACCAAAUGGGCAUGCGCAUUCUUACUCUGCUGUUGUCUCAUCACUUCUGGGGUAUAUUCAGUGGAGGGUUUACAUGGGAGUUCUAAAGUGAGAGGAGUGAACUUAGGAGGGUGGCUUGUCAUCGAAGGUUGGAUCAAGCCUUCACUAUUUGAUGGCAUUGCCAAUGGAGACAUGCUUGAUGGGACAGAGGUGCAAUUUAAGUCGGUGACGUCGCAGAAGUAUGUAUCUGCCGAGAAUGGGGGAGGAAUGAAUGUGACAGUUGACAGGGAUGUUCCAUCUUCAUGGGAAACCUUCAGGUUAUGGAGAACAUCUGAAUCAGAAUUUCAAUUUCGUACCUCAGAGGGUCAAUUUCUUACGUGUGAUGGUGGAGGCCACUCUGUCUCUGCAACAGCAAAAUCUCCUUCAACAUAUGAGACAUAUGAAAUUGAGCGGAGUGGUAAAAAUAGGAUUCACCUCAAGAUAAAGGGUGGAGCAUAUCUUCAGGCUACAACCGAUGGUCAGCUUUCAGCGAACUACCCAGGAACACCGGGAUGGGAUGAUAAUGCUGCCACGUUUGAAAUGACAAUUGUGUCAAAUAGCUUGCAUGGAGAUUACCAGCUAGCAAAUGGAUAUGGGCAUAAUCGGGCAAAAGAUGUUCUUAGGAGACAUAGAAAUAGCUUUAUCACGAUAGAGGAUUUCAAAUUUCUAUAUAAACAUGGAAUAAAUACUGUGAGGAUACCAGUUGGGUGGUGGAUUGCUUUUGAUCCUGAUCCUCCGGGUCCAUAUAUCGGAGGAACUCUUGAAGCUCUAGAUAAUGCAUUUUUAUGGGCGCAAGAAUAUGAUAUCAAAUGCAUAAUUGACCUUCAUGCUGCUCCUGGUUCUCAAAAUGGAAUGGAGCAUAGUUCAAGCAGAGAUGGAUUUACGGGCUGGCCAACUUCCUCAGAUUACAUUUCUGAGUCAUUACAUGUUAUUGAAUUUUUAGUUUCAAGAUAUGCAAAACACCCUGCAUUGCUAGGAAUUGAGCUAUUGAAUGAACCAUCAGCUGGCACAGUUUCAUUAGAUGUUUUGAUUCCGUAUUACAAGCAGGGCUACCAAAUUGUUCGCAAAUACUCUUCAUCAGCUUACGUGAUAAUCUGCCAGAGAAUUGGAGUUGCAGAUCCUCUGGAACUAUAUCAAGCCAACAUAGGAUCUCACAACAUAGUUUUGGAUUUACAUUUCUACAAUCUCUUUGAUCCAUUCUUUGUUAACAUGAGUGCUGUGGAUAAUAUUCAAUACAUAUACAAAAGCCGAGAAGGUCAACUGCAGGCCUUAAACAAUUCAGAUGGCCCACUUAUUUUAGUUGGAGAGUGGGUUAAUGAGUGGAAUGUGACAAAGGGAUCCCAAAAAGACUAUCAGGACUUUGGAAGGGCACAGUUAGAUGUCUAUAAUGCAGCUUCCUUUGGAUGGUGUUAUUGGACAGUAAAAAAUGACAGAGAGCACUGGGAUUUUGAAUGGAACAUUAGGAACAACUAUCUUCAAUUAGGUAACUCAUCCAGAAAACGGAGCUUGAACAUUCUAGGACUGUUAGGAUUGGUAUUCACCUGGUUUUGUCUACUUCAAUUUUUGUGACAUCUUUUUUCCCAGGACUUGGUGCAUAUUGUGUGCAACUAUUUCUUGGUUUUUCAUUUGCUUUGCCAUCAUGUUCAAUAUUGUUGAAUAUUGCAGAAUGCAAUAGUGUGAAAUAUGCAGAAUUUCUGCCUGAUUCUUAUUCCAUAAUUUUCACAGCCGCAUUUCAUGCAAAUAAAGCUGAGAAGUCUGUCCUC